AUGGCCAGGAACACCUCGCUGCACUUCCGCGUGGUGGAGGCGAAAGACCUGCCGGCCAAGGACGUGUCUGGCACCAGCGAUCCUUACUGCAUCAUCAAGGUGGACAACGAGGUGGUGGCCAGGACUGCAACUGUGUGGAGAAAUCUGAACCCUUUCUGGGGAGAGGAAUAUACCCUGCACUUGCCCAUGGGGUUCCACAACCUCUCUUUCUAUAUGCUUGAUGAAGAUACCAUUGGGCACGAUGAUGUCAUCGGCAAAGUCUCGCUCAGUAGAGAGUACAUUGCAUCCCACCCACGGGGCAUCGACAGCUGGAUCAACCUGAGCCAUGUGGACCCCAAUGAGGAGGUGCAGGGUGAGAUCUCUUUGGAGCUUCAGGUGUUGAAGGAGGCCCACAGACGGGUGCUUUGCUGCCAUGUCAUCGAAGCCAGAGACCUUGCACCACGUGAUAUUUCGGGCACCUCAGACCCCUUUGCACGCGUGUUGUGGAAUGGGCAAGUCCUGGAAACAGCUAUCAUCAAGAAAACCCGCUUCCCACACUGGGAUGAGGUUCUGGAGUUUGUCCUGGAAGAGGAAACUGCUGGAGGAGCUCCCCUCACUGUAGAGGUCUGGGACUGGGAUAUGGUGGGCAAGAACGACUUCCUGGGACGGGUUGAGUUCUCUUUGGAUACCUUGCAGAAAGCCCCUCUCAAAGGGUGGUACCGCCUGCUGCCCUUCCCCAGUGCAGAGGAGGAUGCUGGGGGAAAGCUGGGGGCGCUGAGGCUGCGAGUUCGUCUUGCAGAGGAUAGGAUCCUGCCCUCCAGGUACUACCAGCCACUUAUAGACCUGCUGGUGGAAUCCAUCUUGUGCCCGCCAAAGAAGGAUGACGUCACACCCCUGGCUGUGCUGGAAGAGGUAUGCUCAGUGGAGAGUCGUCAAGAUGUGGCCACCAAACUAGUCAAGAUCUUCCUUGGGCAAGGCCUGGUGGUACCCUUUUUGGACUACCUGAAUCUCCAUGAAGUUUCCAGAACCACGGAUCCGAACACACUCUAAAACUCGUUGGCCUCCAAAUCCAUGGAGCAAUUCAUGAAGGUAGUGGGAAUGCCUUAUCUCCAUGAGGUGCUGAAGCCCAUCAUUAACCGGAUCUUUGAGGAGAAGAAAUAUGUAGAGCUGGAUCCCUGCAAGAUUGAGCCAAGCCGGACCAGGCGGAUCUCCUUCAAGGGUUCCUUGUCUGAGGCCCAGAUACGAGACAGCAGCUUGGAGGUGCUAAAGGGGUACCUGCGGGACAUCAUUGAGUCCAUUGUGGGCUCACUGGGGAAGUGUCCCCACACCAUGAGGGUGGCUUUCAAGAAGCUGCACGGGUUCGUUGAGGACUGCUUCCCAGAGGCAGAGAACCAGGAUACCAAAUACAUCGCCAUCAGUGGGUUCCUCUUCCUCCGAUUCUUUGCUCCUGCCAUUCUGACCCCAAAGCUGUUCAACCUCCGGGAUCAGCAUGCGGACCCUCAGACCAGCCGCACCCUCUUGCUUUUGGCAAAGGCAGUGCAAAGCAUCGGCAACUUGGGUCUACAGCUGGGUCAUGGCAAGGAGCAGUGGAUGGAGCCUCUACACCCCUUUAUCCUUUCCAGCAUUGGGCGGGUCAAAGACUUCCUAGACAGGCUCAUUGACGUGGACUCUGAAAAUGAAGCGAGCGAGAACCAGUCGUGGACGCCCUUCCACCCUUCUGCCACCAUCAAGGAGGGCUACCUGCAGAAACGCAAGGCUGAGGGCCUCCACUUGGUCUCACGUUUCACCUUCAAGAAACGCUAUUUCUGGCUAAGCAAUGAGACUCUGUCUUACUCCAGAUCUCCCGACUGGCAGGUGCGUACCUCCAUCCCUGUCCAGAGGAUCUGUGCAGUGGAGCGUGUGGAUGAAAACACUUUCCAGCAGUCGCACAUGAUGCAGAUUUCAACUCGUGACAACGGAGGGCAGCUCUCCACCAUGUACAUCCAGUGUAAGAACAUCAAUGAGUUGAAUCAGUGGCUCUCAGCCAUCCGGAAAGCGACCAUCUCCAACGAGUGCAUGCUGCCCUUCUGCCACCCGGGAGCCUUCCGUGGCAAUCGCUGGACCUGUUGUUUACAAACUGACCGCACAGUUCGUGGCUGCAGCCGCACCCAUUCUGCUGUGACCCUCGGUGACUGGAGCGAUCCUCUGGACCCAGAUACCGAGGCCCAGAUGGUGUACAGGCAACUUCUGCUGGGCAGAGACAAACUCAGGGAGAAAUGCUUGGAAUUUGCAAGCAAGGAGACUCCGCUGGAACAAGGCAGAGGAGCCCAGGAAGACACCAGCGACCGGCGGAUGGCAGCAGCUGCUCGCUUGCUAGAAGUCAUCCAGGAUUUGGAGCGAGCCCACGAUGCCUUUGAGCACCAAGAAGAGGAAGAGAGAGAGUAG